UUUGACAAUGUUUGACACAUUCCGUUAACCUCUUGGAAAUUCUAAAAAAAGUAUAUUAGAAAAUAUUUUUAUUGAAUAAAUAUUUUUAUUUAAAGAAGAAGAAAUUUAGAAAAUAGAAUUAGGGAGAAAUUAUUAUGUUUCGAAACAAUUUAUCGAAAUUAUCAAAAUGUGUGUUACGACGGGUGAAAAAAAAGAUUCUCAAUAACAAGGAAAUUUCAAAUACGCCAAAACCAUAUAAAACAGAUUCGGAUAAGUUGGAGAGUGAAAAGGAUCAUCACAAAAAAAAUUGUCGUUACAAUGAAUUCAAUGAAUUACUACCGAGUCAUAAAAGUAAUGUAUCUAUUGGAAUUAUUGGAAGUGGAUGGACUGCCGCGUACGCGACAUUAUUGCUCAAGCAGAAUCUUCUCGUAAAUCGUAUUCAUUUUGUCGACACAAGAAAUACACUGGAGGGUGCUAUAACCGAUGCAUCAUUUAUGGACACCUCGCCGAAAAUUAAAUAUUACAAAAAGAAGUUUAUGCGAAAUGCUCUCAAAGACAUGGACAUAAUUGCUCUUUUGGACGAAAAUGACUUUAAAAUGGGAGACUCGUCAAUUUACGCUCAAUUCAGAUCGUCCGUUAAUUACGUUCGUAAAACAGCGGAGAAAAUGGUUAAUUCAUGUCCGACGGCAAUGGCAAUAAUUUUCGCACGACCAGUGACAGCAACAUUGCCCUUGGUUUCGGAAAUCUAUAAAUCAGCUGGAUGGUAUGAUCCAAAUCGAAUAAUUGGAUCUGUCGCUCUUGAGGCAAUGCGCGUGGAAACUUUUACAUCAAGACUUCUCGAUUUGAAUCCUGCUUAUCUCACAGUACCGCUUGCUGGUGGGGCUGAUGUUUUCUCCACUGUUCCUUUAUUAUCAGUCUCAAGACCCGUCAACGAAUUUAAAAAGGCCCAUGAAGAUCUGCUGCUGAGUAAAUUUCAAAAUGCCGAGAAAGAAUUAUCACGAACGGAAUUUGUUGGUCCUGUGCUAUCAUCAGCGACUGCGAUUGCAAAAUUUCUAACGACUGUCACGGCGGGAUUGAAUGGUCACAAUAAAGCAAUUGCCUCGGCUUACAUUCGAUCGAAUGCAUUGCCAUUUUGUCGUUUUUUCACAUCGGAAUUGCAAUUUGGACCGAAUGGUGUUGAGAAGAAUUUUGGCCUACCAAAAGUUUCGCAAAGAGAAAUUUUACUUGUCGAGAAAUCGGUGAAUCUUAUCAAUGAAUAUGUGGAUGUCGCAAUCAGUGAAGCACACAAGCAAAGGGAGGCAAAAAUUGCAAAUUGAUCAUUUUUGCAAUAAAAUUCAUUUGUUUUUAACGAGAAAAAAAAUUUUCCUAAUAUUUCCCAACAAAAUACGAAUUAAAUAUUCUGUAUAUAUAAAUAUGCAUUUUAAUAAUCGCGUUUU